AAUUUUUAAAAACCAAAACAAAAAACGAAAAGAUUAUCAAAUGAGGUCUAAAUAUGUAGUCACGUUUAUGAUUUUUAAUAUCUAAAUUUUACCUUAUAUUUGUCAAAAAAAGAUAUUAUAGGCAACAUUCACAUGUAAGCAUCCAUAUCACUGACCUUUUGCACCUUUUGCCCAAAUCUUCAGACUGUUUGAUGAACGUACAUCUCUACGAAUACUUUACAACGAUAGGAUCUCCCUCCAUUUUGUUCAUUUCUUGCUCAAAGCAUUUCUCUUCGAAGCUUUUUCUCUCGAUUUUGCUCCCGUUUUCUCUCCGAAGCCGAGCACUCCUCGUAGGUUUCUUGUCGGUCAUCUCUAUGCACUUGCCACCAUCGUCAUGAUCUGAAAGAUUGGCAAGAUGGUCGUCCCUACUGAAAAAUAUUUUCCUGCUACAGUCGCUUGCCAAGUCCACAAAAUUGUCUCUGUCAUUAAGAAAAAGUUGACAAAAAAACAGAUGAGACUGUAUAGGCAAACGACCUUUGGUUCUCUGUUGGAUAUAGAUCUUGUUUUCAAUAGACAACUUUUACACCACUUUCUGAUAAGGGAGGUAGCAGAUGCGAACCCAGACAUUAUUUCAUUCAACAUUCUAGGAAAGAAGGUAACAUUCUCCUUAAGAGGAUUUUAACUUGUUAACUGAGUUGUGGCCGACCAAGAAAAUAGUCGAAAGAGAAACAAGUGGUGAAAGGCUAUGACAACUCAUUCUUGGACCGAAGGACCCAAAUGGAAAGGAUAGUUCUUGCAAGGAUGUGGAGAUUGCCUUCGAGAAUUUCAAUUUUACUAAUGAUGAAGAUGUUGUCAAGGUUGCAUUGACACUGUUCAUUGAAACGGUGAUGAUUGGAAAAGAUAAGAAAACCCAGUUCGAUAGCAAUAUAUUUGGGAUUGUCGAUGACCACGACGUCUUCAUACAUUAUGACUGGUCUUCCCUCUUUUAUGGACGUACAUUGAAUAGUAUGAAGACUUUCAUGCACAUGUGUGAGGCAUAUGAUUCAAAGAAAGCAGAAAGUGAUCACCACGCCUCACAUUACCGUAUAAAGGGAUUCGUACUUGCAUUCCAGGUUUGGGCUUACGAAAUUUUAUCCACAUCGAGUAAGUUCAUAUCCACCAAAGUCAGCAAGGUUGCAAUCCUUAGAAUUCUUAGAUGGACUUGUUCUCGUGUUCCAUCUUAUAAAUCAUUGAGCAAAAAAGUUUUCCAGCCAAAAAAAACUAUUGUUGUGUCGAGACUUGUACCUAGCACAAAGGAGUUAAGGUACAAGGAGGACCGACUUAAAGGACUUAAUAUGGUUCCUGUUGUUAGAGAAAGGAGGAUUGAAGGAGUUCAACACUCCGUCAACACUCGUGAGUCCUUUGAAGGGCACGAAGAGCAUGAACCCCAUGUAGAAAGCUUUGUAAAUGUGCAACAUAUAGAGCCAGAACCAUGUAUGCCUGCUCAGACUAACCAAACAGAGCCGGAACCAUGUAAGCAAAAAAAGUCCAUCAGACAUCGUCAUUCCAAAUCGUACAAGAUUCUUAGGGAGGAAAUAAAAGAAGUUCGAAAAGAUUUGGCAAACUUGACUACUAUGGUUCGUCAGAUGGGAGAUACAUUUAUUGUCCAACAUCAUCUGAUGGGUCAACAACUGAAUGAGAUAAAGAUGAUGGUCCAUCAUUUGUGUGAGGAUAGUAAUAAUACAAGGACUCAUUAUGAUGAGGGACCUCAUGAUGAUAAUAAUGGUGAUGGUAACAAUAAUCAGGAAUCUCAUAAUGGUGAUGAUCUCCCACAGACCGAUACACAAGAUCCCUCUUAGACCCACUAAGAAACCCAUCGUGAACAGCCAGCUGGGAUGAUCAGUGAGCAGUCCAAAACUGUCAACGAUCGGGAUCCAAUAUCUGAAUUGAUGGACAUCUCUGUCAAUGAACCAACUGUCAAUAAGCAGUCAGUUCCUUAAAUUGCUAAUGAAAUAUUGGAGUUGGUUGUAGGGACAUCAACUGAAGCAUUCAGUGUUAGGGUUCAUUUCAAUUUGGGGACGUCAACUGAAAAGGAUGCCAGUGAAGUCGAGAAACAAUUCAACCUCAUUCACCUCCAAGAUCUCCUCAGCCCCAAUCUGAAGAAGCUGAAUCACCUAUAGUGGCACUGAAAUCGGCCAUUGGUGUUAUCAAUCUCAACCCCUUGGUCCCUAUACCUGAGUUCUCCAUAAGUACCAUUCGUUCCUCUAACCCAUGCUUCUUAGUCCCUGAUGUUCUGUGGAAUGCAUACAAUAAAUGGAAAAGUCAUCCUAAAACAAAAAAAGGAGGAACGGAUGGUAGUAUAUACAUUCAGGACCAAGGAUUUCUUCAAAACGCUUGAGCAGAACACAUGAGUGCUUGGAGACACUAUGGAUCUUCUUUUGAUGCACAUGCAUUAGAAGUUGCACUCGAAACCUGACCUCUGUACGAUUUAAUUCACGGUCAUUGAUUUGAGCUUCACGGAUGCUUUUAGGGAACCAGAGGGUGUUGCUUCUAAGAUCCGGCCAGACGGUAUUGAGAUAGAGGAUGGCAAAGUGGCAGGUUGUUCGGAUCAAGAAGCACACAUAAGGUUUUGGGUGGAUUCUCACUUCUACCUUGACUACGUGUUUGGAUAGUACAAAGAAUACAAACCAGCAUGGAUGGACGUUGACUUCGUAUUUGGGCCAAUCAACAUCCAACAACACUGGUUUAUGCUUGCCAUCGAUCUACAGAGGUGCACAAUCUUUGUAUUUGACUCCAUGCCGAACUACAUCGGUGGCGACAUAGUUGAGGGUCAUAUAAUGCUCGUGGCCAGAGCAAUACCGUCCAUGUUUAUUUUUUUCGGUUUUGACAAACAACAUAAGGAGUUCAAGUAUGGGCAAUGGGAAGUUAAGAGAUCGAAUGCAAGCCUCCAAGAGGGCAAGUCUCUAAAUUGUGGAAUAUUUUGUGCUAAAUUUAUAGAAUAUUGUAUAACUGGGGCUGAUAGGGCUGAUUUAACAUGAUGAAUAUGGGAUUGUAUAGGAAACAAUAUGUUGUCCAGUUGUGGGUAAAUAAAUGUUUAUGGUAAUAUUUUUUGUGAUAAA